AUGGCAGCUGAGAAAAUUGAGAAGGGGACCUUCAAACUGGUGGGGAAGGAGCUGCGAAAGGUGUUGAUGUCAGGCAAAGGGCACCUUCAGGCGUUCCUGCUGUCCUUACUUCAGAAGGAGGAGGACUUGCCUGCCAAGGAAAUAGGGCCACGCAAGGGGUCAAAGGAGCGUGCGAAGGGAAAGGUCCCCAGCAGCGUCGAAGAAAUGCACGAACCGAAGGCUCCUGAAACUGCAGGACCUGGGGACCAACAGGCGGAGACCAGGUCUGCUGUGCGAAAGCCGGGCCCUUCACUUGAGACUGACGACGAGGAAAUUGACGCAGAGGCAGAUCCCCGAAAAGCACAGAGCAGCUCACCAACGCCAACGCCCUCAAAACGCAACGCUUCGACCGCGGCAGGGGAGAACGUUGCGGCAAACGUUGAGGCCGGACCACAGACGGUGUCCGGCAGGGCCACAGAGAAGCCUCCGACGGGUCCAGUCCCGACCGUGCGGCUUCCAAACAGUCCGCCGGUACAAUCGCGAGCACGGCAAGCCUCGGCCGCAGUAGACGGCGCCGGCACUGCGUCCCCCUCAAGGGAUACUACAUCACCGGCCAGGAAAGAGGGCACCCCCCAGCGAUCCCGAGAACGGCCACCCCUCAGUCCUGGUGUUGGAGUCGAGAGGCGGAUGUCGCCCCGGUCGAAGGGGCCUGCUCAGCAGCCGGCCUCCCCAACCCCCAGCAGGUCGUCAUCCAAGAGGACGCCACUGAAGAAAGGCGAUGGAAAGACUGGACCCAAGGAGCGAGGCGGUUUCAAUCGGAAGGAGGCGUUGUCGAAGAUGUCCCCCACCUCUCGGAAGCAGAUCAUGAAGAAGCAAUGUGAAGAUUGUGACACGUGGAACGGGAUUAGGGCGAAGAAGUGUUCAAACGAGGAAUGCGGGGUAGAACUAGGAAACAAGGCCGCAGAAAAGAGGGCGGCCGCUCUUCAGAAAAAGCUAGCAACGAGGACUUCUGACGAACGUGCGCAAGCACGUAACGCGGCAAGGGGCCCAGCAACCAACGCAAGUGCUGAGCCGGUCGGGAACGGGGUGUCUCACUCAGGGCAGACACUCGAGUCCGUUGUCUACAGUCUGGAUCAAAUAUCUGAUGCAAACAAGAAGGAGAUGAUGUCUUGUCUAGAGAAGGAGGAGUUCGAUUUGCAGACCGCAAAGGAAACGACAGCAACCGAGUUUAAAGUGGAGUUCCCCGACAUUCCGUUUGCUCGUUGGAAGGCUCUUGAAGCACGGUUGAGUAAAUUAUGA